AUGGCCGUCACAGAUACAUACACCAAAGCCCUAACCCUCAACCACCUCUGGGCCGCGAAAACCACCCUCCAAAACCCCUCUCUCUUCCCUACGCUCGCGCGGGCCCAACACCCCCAAAUCCUCUGGAUAGGAUGUUCCGAUUCGCGGUGUCCGGAAACCACUCUCCUCGAUCUGAACCCAGGCGACGUCUUCGUGCAUCGCAAUAUCGCCAACGUGGUGCAUGCCGGGGAUGUCAAUUGCGCUGCGGUGGUGGAGUAUGCGGUGUGUCAUUUACGGGUGAAGCAUGUUGUUGUUUGUGGACAUACGUGUUGUGGGGGGGUCGGGGCUGUGUUAGCUGCCCCGAAGGGAGAAGGGAAUGGGAAUGGGGAUGGGGAGAAGAGUGUGUUGGACGCGUGGUUGAGGCCGGUGAAAAGGGUUAGGGAUAGAUAUGCGAGUGAGUUGGGGGGAAUACAUGGGGAGUAUGAGAGGGGGGUCAGAUUGGUGGAGUUGAAUGUGUUGGAGGGGGUGAGGGUGCUGAAGGGGAUGGGGGUUGUGAGGGAGGCGGUGGAGAGGGGGGAAGUGCAGGUUCAUGGGGUGGUUUAUGAUGUGGGUUGUGGGACGGUGAGGGAAUUGGAGGUGGAAUAG